CCUCUCUGACCCCAGUGUUAAUCUGCAUUCAGACUGAGGCUCCGCUGCUUUUCUCGGCUGCUCGCUAUUGGAGUAGCUUAUUACCUGGGGCUGCGUUGUUUUGUGGCAGCUUUGUAGGCCCCUGCUAGGCUGUCGAAUCGGCAGCAGGCACGCCAAAAAGACAGAGAGAGAGAAAAAACAGACGGGCGAUACGAAACCGAGCUUUCUCAUUCGCUUCCAUUCGGCUUUUAUUUUAUUUUGUUGGAGCCCGAUUUCGCUUCAGCGCGCGUCCGCCUCGCGUCGACAUUCGCCGAACCGCUCCUGCUAACGCGCGUAAUGUAUCGUAGAGAGGAAACACAGUAAAUAGACGGACACGUCCAUCUGCAAGAAAGAGGAAACGAAGACGGUGAUGACGGCUUCGCCAAAAUCAGCCUUCAAAUGCUCGAUAGCAAUGGCGAAGCCUUCCCUCCCCAUGAAGCUGUUUCUCUGGGUGUUUAUUGUCGUUAAUCUCUCCACAAGCUCCCUCCAGACUGAUGAUGAUGACGAGGCGUCUAACAAGACGUGGGUGCUGACUCCCAAAGUGUACGAGAGUGACGUCACGCACAUCUUAAACAGCCUACUAGAUGGAUAUGACAACAAACUCAGGCCUGACAUCGGAGUCAAGCCAACAGUGAUCCACACAGACAUGUUUGUCAACAGCAUCGGUCCAGUAAAUGCCAUCAAUAUGGAAUACACCAUCGACAUAUUCUUUGCUCAGACCUGGUACGACAGAAGGUUAAAAUUCAACAGCACAAUGAAGGUCCUGCGUCUCAACAGCAACAUGGUCGGGAAGAUCUGGAUCCCAGACACUUUCUUUCGCAACUCUAAGAAGGCCGAUGCCCACUGGAUUACCACACCCAAUCGCAUGCUGAGGAUCUGGAAUGAUGGACGAAUACUCUACACCCUCAGGUUGACCAUCGAUGCUGAGUGCCAGCUUAAACUGAACAACUUCCCAAUGGAUGAGCACUCAUGUCCCCUGGAGUUUUCAAGCUAUGGCUACCCCAGGGAGGAGAUUGUGUAUAAGUGGAAGAGGAGCUCAGUGGAGGUUGGGGACAUUCGCUCCUGGAGGCUCUACCAGUUCUCCUUCGUGGGCCUGAGGAACACUUCUGAGAUCGUCAGGACUGUCUCCGGAGACUACGUGGUGCUGACUGUCUUCUUUGACCUGAGCAGGAGAAUGGGCUACUUUACCAUCCAGACCUACAUCCCAUGCACACUAAUUGUUGUCCUCUCCUGGGUCUCAUUCUGGAUCAACAAGGAUGCAGUACCUGCUAGGACAUCAUUAGGUAUCACCACUGUGCUGACCAUGACCACUCUGAGUACCAUCGCCAGGAAAUCUCUUCCAAAAGUUUCCUAUGUGACCGCCAUGGACCUGUUCGUGUCCGUCUGCUUCAUCUUCGUCUUUGCCGCACUUAUAGAGUACGGUACACUGCACUAUUUUGUCAGCAACAGGAAGCCGAGUGCCAAAAAGGACAAGAAGAAGAAAAACCCGCUCCUCCGGCUCUUUUCCUCAAAGCAGACACCCACAGUGGACAUCCGUCCACGCUCGGCCACAGCCAUUCAGAUGAACAACGCCACGCACAUGCAAGAGCGAGACGAGGAGUACGGUUAUGAGUGUCUGGACGGAAAGGACUGCACCAGCUUCUUCUGCUGUUUCGAAGACUGCCGCUCCGGAGCCUGGCGGCAUGGCAGGUUGCACAUCCGCAUCGCCAAGAUAGACUCAUAUGCACGCAUCUUUUUCCCCACUGCAUUCGGUCUCUUCAACCUGGUCUACUGGGUCUCCUAUCUCUAUCUCUAGGCGCGGGUGUGAUUCCAGCCUUAUCAUACAGUCAAUUACAUUCUACAUAUGCUCUGCGCCAGCAAGUGACAUUUUAAAGAAAGGGACCCACUGAAAUACCCAGAGAUUUGAUUUAGAGUGUUUCUUCUAUUUCCAUUGUUUUAAUCCCUUUAAAUUUGAGUUGUUUUAUCAGAUAACUUGGACAGACACUGCAAAUGUUGUAGCAUUACAUUAAACUGGUGUGAAGAGGUUUAUAGAUGUGCUGUGAAAACGUCGAUUGUGUGAGAGAUCAACAAUAGUUUUGUUUCAUUUUUUUUAUAUAUAUUUUGGAAUUUAUAUUGAACAUUUAAAGCUCUUCUAAAUAUGAGGUAAACUUUUUUUUUAGUUUUAAACAAAUUAAAUAAAGUAUAAUCACAAUAAACAUCUAAAAUAAGUAGUAAUUUGGACAAUUGAUCUUUGUAAUUGAAUUAUAAAGAUCAUUCAAAAACAAACACUGACUAAAGUGCUUUUAAAAAAAGUUGCAAUUAAGACAUUUUUGAUUGAUGAUUACAGUAAAGUCAAGUAAAAACAGACAAAAAAAUUAUGUAAAUUAAUAAAAACAAAGAAUAGAAUUGCAGACAGAAUAAUUAAAUAGGUUACAAAGUGUGACCAGUUGUCUUCUCAUGAUGGCUUUUAAACCUAAUUUAAUAAUCUAAACUGCGUUAACUAUGUCUUUUAUUUAUUUUCACGUUUUGUUUUUCACUUAGUAAAACACAAAAUCUGAAGCACUUUAACAGAGCUAUGUUAGACAGUGACAAAUUCAUUUUGAUGACACAAAAUUAUUGUAUUAUUAUUUUUUUGUUGCUAACAUGUUAGCACAAUUAUACAUUGCAUUUUUUCAUGUGUGGUCAGAGUGCGAUAUGAUGCUAUUUAUGGACAAUGCUCUACUGUACAGACACUGUAUAUAUUUUACUAUUACAUAGUGGUUUACAUUUAUUGCAUGCACCUUUCAGGCCAAAAAUCAGCAUAUUUUAUGGUCUUCUACUGUUGGCUAUGGAAACUAAAAGAAAAAAAAACAAGCAAUUGUUGAUUAUCAGUCAGGAUUUAAUUCUACUUUCUUUUUCUAGGAAAAUUGGAAAAUCAACAGAUAAAAAAAGGGUCCAGUUUAUCUUUUUAAGUUGAGAAAUCAUCUUUAAACACAGGUGGGAGGAUCAGCCCAGUAUUUCAGGCCAGACAGCUGGUUUAAUGGUUUUCUUCACAACUAUUAGCUUGCAGCAUAGACAACACUGACCCUUCAUCCCUUCUUCCAUUUGCUGUUAAAAGCACAUAUUUACAUAAUGACACACCACUACUGUAUAUUGGUUACGCAAGCUGGUACAAGAGAAACUAUAUUAAAACAAGUUAAGUGUUGAUAUAAAAACCAAUCAUCACUCGCUCUUUAUGUUAUCAGAGUGAUACCUGCAGCUGUAACACCACAAGUGAGUUUCACCUUCAAGUAGCGGCACUGAGACUAAUCUACACCUCAGUGCAAAUGUCAGUGAAGACAGCUGGAGGGCACUUCGCAGUCAAGCAGAGUUCGAGUUAUUCUCCUAAGAUGACAAAAAUAAUCUUAACAAUGAAUAAACCCGAGCAUUUCAAACAAGUACAAAAAAAUCAAAGCAUCUGCUUGUGUUACGAACAGAUGUGGAAGCCUUAUUAUCAAGCAUCUCACUUCCAGAAUCACAUUUAGAUUGUAAAUCAUUACAUAGUGAGGAAGCUGAUUCGCAGGGCUGUGCAGAAAUUCAUCAUUUGUUUUUACUUUUUUCUCAUGAAAAAUUUGCUUGAAUGUGUGACGAGAGCAGACAACACAGCAAACGCAUCUGAAUUGUAAAUGUCAUGUAUGAUAACGUAUAAUGCACAUGAAUUAGAACCCCUCCCAGAUCAGUUUUGAUAGACACCAGUAUGCAAUCAGUGGAGACAGUGCUGCAGGAUGAUUUGUAAACUCACAAAGAAAUGGGUGUAAAUCACAGUUUAUGUACAUAAAUUAUAAAUGGAAGAAAACACUUGUCAAGCCCUUGGGAUUUUGAAAAAGGGUAUAUAUUUUGUAAUUUCAGCAUUGUUACAGUAUAUCAUCACAGUAUAUUAUACUUAUUGUAUUAUGCUGGACUGACCAUCUAGAAUACUUGGAGAAUGAUGGGGGUAUUUAUUUAUUUAUUCAUUGAUGGUACUUAUUUAUUUAUUUUAGCGAAAGAAGAAUGCAUUUUAUGCUCAUAUAGCCCCUGAAAAAAAGAAACACAGAAUGCUGUCAUUUAUAUCAAAGAUACAUUUUUGUUCAAUGUGUCGAUGGAGCUUGAGCUUAUUUAUCUUGUGUUUUUCUAUGUUGUGAUCAAUGUACACUACUCUCACAAAGAACUGUCAAACUGUUCUAUUUGUUGAAUUCGUGACUUGCAACAUUACCUGUUGUGCAGCUUCUGAGUAGGUGACUUUAUUUAAAUAAUAGUAUUAAUAAUAAUAAUAAUAAUAAUGAAGAAGAAAAAAAAAAAGAAAACACACACAAAACAUUUCCCAAGCCACCAGAAGAAGAACAUCUGCUUGUCUAGCUUAUUAUGAAUAAUUUUCACUUUUCCCACCACCACAAGGGUUUGCUUUGGUCUUGACAGUCGCCAUAAAUAAAGCAUCAGUGAUGAUCCGAAACAUAUGCAUUUACCAGAUUAUCUUAUACUUCCUAGAGUUCUUUCCAUUUUGUAUUUAAUGGUGGUCCUGUUGUGUUCCGAAGCUGCAGCUUUAGUAGUCUGAACCUGUCUUCAGUGUACACAUAAUGCUAUUUCUCACAUCUUUAGGGGCGUUAGCGUGUCAGUAGCAAUGUCAUCAUCAGUGUCCAGUAGUUGAAAGAAGUACAAAAGAGUGAAUACAUCCUAUAAAGUGCCAAACUGACACCCAUGCAAUAGAAAAUAUCAAAACCGUCAUAUUAUUUGUGAAUUCACUUAUGCAGAAAGAGAGGACAUAUGCUAAAAGUGAAGUUUUUCAAAGUAAAUGUGAUACACACCACACCUCAUAAUCCUCUGGAUUUGCAGGUGCUCUGGAUUGCAUUUUUUGUUGUUGUUGUUUCUGUUGGGGUUUAUUUGUUGUUUGUUUGUUUUAUUUUAGUUCAAAUUUAAUAUGGUACAGAACCAAAAGCAUCCGGAUAAUGAGGAUAAUUGCUAAAAUGAACAACAAACUGAUAAAAACUAAUUCCUGUAUCAGGGUGAACUGACAUUUCUGACUUUAUUUUGAAAAUCCAUCAUACUAAUGAUGACUGAAGCAUGUCUUGUGUUUUAACAGUGGUGCAGAAAAACUAAUGUUAUUGUAUUUUUAUUUUUCCAUGAUGGUAGAAGCUUGUGAUUUAUUUAUUUUUAUUUGUGCACUCAACUUAAAAUGCAGAGAUAUAAAGGUGUGUCGGGAAGUACUGAGGCACUUGUUUGUGUCUGUACUCAGUAGCGUGCAUGUUAAGUAUGUUUUCAGUCAAACAGGGAUGAUCUGAAGAAUUGGGACUCCCUCAUCUGGUCUUAAUCCCUUUUUCUUGCAUUGACAUGGACGUUUAUUAUACUGUACUUAUUUUUUUUUGACAAUGUGGUUUUAUUUAAUUUUAUUUUUGGGACCCACAAAUGAGACAUAUAUGUGAACAGCACAUGUAGAUAUUUUUUAUUGUUUAUGUAUUUUGUCAAACUGCAGGAAAAAAACAAAACAAAAGAACAAGCACUGGAACUACAGAGCUCAGCAAAAGGCAUCCGACAACAAAAUAAAUUUCAUAUGAUUCUCAUUCAUACAGUAUGUUAGUUGUUUGCCAUCUAUGUAUAUUUGAUUAUUGCAUAAAAAAAGGGGCACUGAUCAAUUCUGUUAGGGUCUGCAUAAUCUAUUAUACAUGUCAUGGAAAAAGUCCUUUUCAUAAGGGAAUUGCACAUAGCUGUGGAAUUUUACAAUAAAAUGGUCGCAUUUG